AUGGCCAGUCCAAUUCCACAGCCGCUUCCACAUCCACAACAGCAGAAUCCACAUGUCAUCGAGCCUGAUGACUUUACCGACGCCGACUCCGCCUACAAUGGCUCGCUUGGAGACGCCAGCUACACCACCAGUAUUACAUCGAGUGCCAUGGCCUACACCUACGAGAACGGUCGCAGAUAUCAUUCUUUCCACGAGGGUGAAUACGUGCUGCCCAAUGACGAGCAAGAACAAGACCGCCUGGACCUGAGCCACCACAUCUAUCGCAUCCUUCUCAAAGGUGAACUGCACGCCGCGCCGAUCAAGAACCCCCGACGAGUGUUGGAUAUCGGAACCGGUACUGGAAUAUGGGCGAUUGAUUUUGCGGACGAGCAUCCGGAGUCAGAGGUCAUCGGAAAUGAUCUCAGUCCCAUCCAACCCUCAUGGAUCCCUCCCAAUUGCCGCUUCGAGAUCGACGACUUCGAAUUACCCUGGUCCUACAGCCAACCGUUCGAUUACAUCCACGGCCGCGAACUCGAAGGAGCCAUCCGCGACCAUGACAAGCUCUUCAGACAAGCAUAUGAGAACCUGAGGCCAGGCGGCUGGCUAGAAAUGGCUUCCAUGGACGUGAACUCGUAUUCCGACGACGGCACCCACCUCAAGGCCGUUAACAUGAUCGAGGGGAUCAAGAACAUGCAUCUGGCAUCGAAGAAGCAUGGAAAAGACAUGACAACGGCGGUCACAUGGAAGGAGAAGAUGGAGAAGGCAGGCUUUAUUAACGUCCGCGAGGACAUAUACAAGGUACUACUCACGUCGGAGUCGUUAGCCAAAGCCAUACUGACCGUCCUGCAGCUCCCCCAGAGCCCCUGGCCCAAGGACCCGAAGCUCAAGGAACUCGGUCGCUACCACCAAGUCAACAUGUUCGAAGCCGUCGGCCCCUACUCGUUCGCCCUUUUUACGCGGUAUCUCGGCUGGUCACGCCCCGAGAUCGAGGUCCUCGUCGCGGGUAUGCGCAAGGAACUGCGUGAUUUCCAAACCUACCAUCUUUACACCAAGGUACAUAUCAUUUACGGCCAGCGGCCGGAGACUGAUUGA